CGUUCCGAAGUGAGCCGCUCCGGGAGGACUCGCCGGCCCGGGAGCCAGAUAAAGAAGAUGUGAAACUAAUUCCAUGUCCCAAGACACUGAAGAAUGCUUGGCAAGCACCAUCUUUUCCAACCAUCUGUUGAGCCCGAAGAUGUUCAGCUUGGUUAUCCAUUCAUUUCAUGUAGGACGGAUGGCUUUGUUGCAUUCUAGGGAAUGAAACAGAGCUGGAACAGAUCUGCAGAGAUGGUUGCAUGACCUGUGAAUUUAUCUGUUGUCAGGGGGUGAAGCUCCACAAAGAAGACUUGCUUUCCCCAGCACAUGCUUGCAAAUAGAUAUAAAGCCUUCUACCCUGUCUCUCUUUCUCAUUAGAGGUUGGUGGCUCAGCUGUGAACUAACUGAGAGUCAGUCUCUACACCGUGAGAUCCUGUUCUCUAGGGCUAGAAGAUUUCAGGACUACAAUGGAAGAGAAUGUAUUCAGUGUCCAACAGAUUCAACCGAAUGUAAUCUCAGUGAAGCUCUUCAAGCGCAAGGUUGGUGGUCUUGGGUUCCUGGUCAAGGAACGAGUCAACAAGCCACCAGUGAUCAUCUCUGAUUUAAUCCGAGGAGGGGCAGCAGAACAAAGUGGCCUUAUUCAGACAGGAGAUAUUAUCCUAGCAGUCAAUGGGAAGCCCCUGGUUGAUAUGAACUAUGACACUGCCUUAGGAGUUCUUAGAAGCAUUGCAUCAGAAACUUAUGUUGUUCUCAUCUUAAGAGGCCCAGAGGGCUUCACCACUCACCUAGAGACAACCUUUGCUGGAGACGGGACACCAAAGACUAUCCGAGUCACCAGACCUCUGUGCGUGACCCCAAUAGUAGGUGACCAGGCAUCUGCUCCAAGCAUUCACGCCAAAGACAAGCAACAGGGGGAAGAACACAGCAUGGGUGGCUCUGUCAGCUCCCGAUGUACCCGGGAGAACGGGCAGGGGGAAGAAACCCUGGUGCACAUCAAUGGCAUGAUAGCCAGCAACGUGGCCAGGGGCACUCUGAAAGGAAACCAGGAUAUUUCUGGCCAUUGUCUCAAUGGCAGUGUUGAAAACAGUGAACUGCUCAAAGAGAUUGAACCAGUUCUGGAUCUUCUGAAGGGCAACAACAAGGAGUUCAAUGGCGAUGCUGAAGCCAAGAUGGGAAUGAGAAAUGUUGAAGUCCAGGUGGACAGUUUCUGGGAAACGGACCGGAAGUCGCCAAAGACAUUGCCAACCGGGAUGGAGAAUGAUCGAGUCUUCAGUGACCUGUGGGGGGAAUCUGAAACACCCCCCAUGCCAAGCAACAUGUCUUCAGACAAGGACCAGAUCCCUUCUGGCUGGCAGUCCCCUACCAAAAAUGUGGUGAACGGAAGCCCUUCCAAGUGCCCGCGUUUUGCCAAAGUGAGGAACUGGGAAACGGGCUGUGUGCUCAGCGAUACUUUGCAUUUGAAGUGCUCCAUGGUGACCCCCUGCAGUGAACAGGUCUGCAUGGGUUCCAUCAUGACUCCUUCUCAGCAUGUCCGAAAACCAGAAGACGUCCGGACAAAGGAUCAGCUACUCCUCCUGGCCAAAGAAUUCAUCGAUCAAUACUACUCCUCCAUCAAGAGGUUUGGCUCCAAAGCUCACAUGGAAAGGCUAGUGGAGGUCACCAAGGAGAUAGAAACUACCGACACUUACCAGUUGCGAGAUACAGAGCUGAUCUACGGAGCCAAGCAUGCGUGGCGCAAUGCCUCCCGUUGCGUGGGUAGAAUCCAGUGGUCCAAGCUGCAGGUUUUUGAUGCCCGGGACUGUACCACCGCCCAUGGGAUGUUCAACUACAUUUGCAACCACAUCAAAUAUGCCACUAACAAAGGGAACCUCAGGUCUGCCAUCACCAUCUUCCCACAAAGGACCGAUGGCAAACACGACUUCCGAGUCUGGAACUCCCAGCUCAUCCGUUAUGCUGGAUAUAAGCAACCAGACGGUACCAUCUUGGGUGAUCCAGCCAAUGUGGAGCUGACGGAGAUUUGCCUACAGCAAGGGUGGAAAGCCCCCUACGGCCGAUUCGAUGUCCUACCACUCCUUCUCCAGGCCAAUGGCAAUGACCCUGAGCUUUUUGAAAUCCCACCUGAGUUGGUGUUGGAAGUCCCCAUUAGACAUCCCAAAUUCGACUGGUUUAAAGACCUCGGGCUUCAGUGGUAUGGUUUACCAGCUGUUUCUAACAUGCUGCUAGAGAUUGGAGGCUUGGAAUUCUCAGCAUGCCCCUUCAGUGGUUGGUACAUGGGGACCGAGAUUGGAGUCCGGGACUACUGUGACAACUCUCGUUACAACAUCCUAGAGGAAGUUGCUAAAAAGAUGAAUUUGGACAUGCGGAAGACCUCCUCUCUCUGGAAGGACCAGGCACUAGUGGAAAUCAACAUUGCAGUCCUGUACAGCUUCCAGAGCGACAAGGUGACGAUUGUGGAUCAUCACUCGGCCACCGAGUCUUUCAUCAAACACAUGGAGAAUGAGUACCGUUGCCGGGGAGGUUGUCCAGCUGACUGGGUAUGGAUUGUCCCGCCCAUGUCUGGAAGCAUCACCCCUGUCUUCCACCAGGAAAUGCUCAACUACCGACUUACACCAUCCUUUGAGUACCAGCCUGACCCUUGGAACACACAUAUCUGGAAAGGUGUAAAUGGCACUCCCACCAAGAAGAGAGCGAUUGGCUUUAAAAAACUAGCUAAAGCUGUGAAGUUCUCUGCGAAGUUGAUGGGACAGGCAAUGGCGAAGAGGGUCAAAGCAACCAUCCUGUAUGCCACAGAAACAGGGAAGUCCCAGGUCUAUGCAAAAACCCUGUGUGAAAUCUUCAAGCACGCCUUUGAUGCCAAGGUGAUGUCAAUGGAUGAGUAUGAUACUGUUCACCUGGAACAUGAAACCCUAGUUCUGGUGGUCACGAGCACCUUUGGCAACGGAGACCCUCCUGAGAAUGGAGAGAAAUUUGGGUGUGCCUUGAUGGAGAUGAAGAAUCCCAACUCCGGCUUGGAAGAAAACAGAAGCUACAAAGUACGCUUCAACAGUGUCUCCUCAUAUUCGGAUGCUCGGAAAUCUUCUAUCGAUGGACCCGAAGCCAGGGACAACUUUGAGAGUACUGGUCCUCUGGCCAACGUCAGGUUCUCUGUCUUUGGGUUGGGCUCACGGGCUUACCCUCACUUCUGCGCCUUUGCCCGUGCGGUGGACACGCUCCUGGAAGAGCUGGGAGGGGAACGCAUCCUGAGGAUGGGCGAGGGGGAUGAACUGUGUGGUCAGGAGGAAUCCUUCAGAACAUGGGCCAAGAAAGUUUUCAAGGCAGCAUGUGACGUGUUCUGUGUGGGAGAUGACGUCAACAUCGAAAAAGCCAAUAAUUCUCUCAUCAGCAACGACCGAAGCUGGAAGAGAAGCAAGUUCCGGCUGACCUAUGUUGCUGAGGCCCCAGAGCUGACCCAAGGUUUAUACAGCAUUCACAAAAAACGAGUCUAUGCUGCUCGGCUUCUGGCACGUCAGAAUCUUCAAAGCCCAAACUCCAGCCGCUCCACAAUCUUCUUGCGGCUUCACACCAACGGGCAGCAAGGGUUGCGUUACCUGCCCGGAGAUCAUCUUGGAGUAUUUCCGGGGAACCAUGAAGAUUUAGUUAACACCUUGAUUGAAAGGCUGGAAGAUGCUCCUCCCACCAACCAGCUAGUGAAAGUGGAACUUUUGGAAGAGAGAACGACAGCUUUAGGUGUCAUCAGCAACUGGACAGAUGAGGACCGCCUUCCUUCUUGUACCAUCUUCCAGGCAUUCAAAUAUUAUCUGGACAUCACCACCCCUCCCACGCCAAUUCUGCUGCAGCAGUUUGCCUUACUGGCCACCAACGAGAAAGAGAAGAAGCGGCUCCAAGUUCUUAGCAUGGGCCUUCAGGAUUAUGAGGAAUGGAAAUGGUCCAAAAACCCCACCAUGGUAGAAGUGCUGCAAGAAUUCCCAUCAGUCCAGAUGCCUUCCACCUUCCUGCUAACCCAGCUCCCUUUGCUUCAACCUCGUUACUACUCCAUUAGCUCCUCUCCUGACAUGUACCCGGAUGAGGUCCACCUCACAGUGGCGGUGGUGUCCUAUCACACCAGAGAUGGGGAAGGUCCAAUUCACCAUGGAGUAUGUUCUUCCUGGUUCAACCAGAUACAGGAGGAUGAAGUGGUACCGUGUUUUGUUAGAGGAGCGCCUGGAUUUCACAUGCCGCAAGAUCCCCAGGUCCCCUGUGUUCUGAUUGGCCCUGGGACUGGAAUUGCACCUUUUCGGAGCUUCUGGCAACAGCGGCUCUUUGAUCUCAAAUAUAAAGGGCUGAAUCCGUGUCCCAUGACACUGGUCUUUGGUUGCCGACAGUCCAAGAUUGAUCACAUUUACAAAGAUGAGACGUUGCUGGCCAAGAGCAAUGGGGUCUUCAAAGAGCUGUUCACAGCCUAUUCUCGUGAACCAGAUAAACCAAAGAAAUACGUGCAGGACAUCCUGCAGGAGCAAUUGGCCAGCUUACUCUACAAAGCCCUGAAGGAGGAGGGUGGCCAUGUCUAUGUGUGUGGUGAUGUCACCAUGGCUGGAGAUGUUCUCAAGACCAUCCAAAGUAUUGUUAGGGAGCAGGGGAAGCUGACCGCAGAGGAAGGCGUCGCGUUCAUCAGCAAGCUGAGGGACGACAACCGAUACCACGAAGACAUAUUUGGAGUCACUUUACGCACAUACGAAGUGACCAACCGCCUCCGAUCCGAGUCAAUUGCGCAGAUUGAGGAAAGCAAGAAAGACACAGAUGAGGACUCGACAGCCCACGACCUACGCUCUUCUGCGUCUCGUCCUGUUACGGUGUCCUGAAGGAGGCAUUGCUACUGAUGCACUGAUGGGCGACAAAGGAGUUGACGCUGAAGUUGAUUCUCUUUCUCCCCUGUCCCUCCCUCAUCCUGGCAUCCUGUGGUAGUUUUCUUUUCUCUCCGUGGGCCCACCUCUGGAGCUCCCCUGCUGAAGCGUGAUGGCUUUUAACAACCUCGCGGUGGCUUUUUGCCAAAACAACAGCAACACCCUUUCCUUCUUCCUCUCGCUAAGGACAAGGCUGUCUCUGGGGGCUGCAUGAAAUCACCUCCUUUAGCGAUCCGUUCUCUGCAAGUUUGGGGCUUCGGGGUUGGAGGGCCAGGGUUUCUACCGCUGUGGCGUGCGCAACGCAGAAACUCGGAAUUCCUGCUCUACCCAAACCUCCGCCUGGCACGAUUUGCUUCAAGCCAUAGCUCGCUUUCUCCCCCCCCCCGCCCCACCUUCCCUUUCGUAUUUUGCAAUCGGGUGGGGAGAAAGGGAGAUGGCCAAUGCCUGCUUUUUCUGUAUCUCUGCUCGUGUGCGCAGCCUCUCCGUUGUUUAACACGGUGGGCCUCUCCCCUGUGAAAGAAGUAACACACUCCUCUUUCUCAGCAUGCUGUGUUCCGUUCGAACUGUCUUAAUGUAACUGCAUUCUCUGGGGCUCUCCUUCUCCUCUCCCCGUCCCUGGCAAGUUUACACAUGUCUGAGCACAGGUUCAACAGUUACCGAGAUGAAAAGGCUCUGACUGAGAAGCCACGGUGCCCCUGCCCUGCCUUCUGGGGACUUAUGCAGGGUGACAAGGUGCCGAAAUGAUGAACGCCCAGCAGAUCCUCCCAGUCGCUCCGUGGAAUGGUGUUUGUCUUCACGCCGGAUAGACAAAAAGAGAGGCGUGCACAAGAGAAGCAAAGAGAGCAAGGACCACAUCCGUGGAGCCACAAACAGAACCCAGAGAGGCUCACACAAUCCAUGCAAAAAGCUUCGGGGUGUCCUUGUCAGCCUCUUCCCCAAAUGACCGCUAAAUUGAUGCCUGGGUUAAUCAGUUCAAGGGGAAUGGGUUCAAUUGUGCAGCAGAAUCAGGGUUGGAAAUGGGGAAAAUUAUGGGGGAUACAGUAAUAAUUGGGGGUGGCUCCCUCCCCUUAUUUGCGACCGCCCCCCCCCCCCAAGGUUGCUUUUGGAUUUGAGCCCUGUCAAAUUUUCAAAACAAUUUGUGCACAUUUGACGUUUUGCACUGGAGGGGGCAUCGG